AUGAACAAGUUCCUCGUCCGCGGUCUCGGCUUCUUUAACGAUGCCUACGACCUCUUUGUCAUGAACAUUAUCAACAUUGUGCUCACGGAGCAGUACGGCAAAGACGUGUACACGUCCAACAUGAAGUCGUGGGUCUCGGCGUCGGCCCUCGUGGGCGCCGUCGUAGGCCAACUGCUCUUCGGCUUCCUCGGCGACGUCUUUGGCCGUCGCGUCAACAUGAUCGCCACCUGCGCGCUCCUUAUUGUCGGCGGCAUCCUCUGCACGGCGGCCUACGGCGGGUCGGCCUCGGGGACGCUCUGGUUCCUCGUCGUCGCCCGGUUCAUCCUGGGCGUCGGCAUUGGCGGCGAGUACCCCCUCGCGGCGUCCUCCACGGCCGAAGACGCCACGUCGGUGGCCGACCGGAACCACCGCGUGGCUCUGACGUUUUCGCUGCAAGGCGCGGGGUCCCUCACGGCAGCUGUGCUGGGGAACCUCAUCAUUCAGGCGCUGGCCGGCGGCGACAAGAACACAAACUCCGACGCGCGGCUCGAAGUCGUGUGGCGGCUGCUCUUUGGCAUUGGGGUCGUGCCCGCGAUCGUCGUGUGCUACUGGCGCGUGACGGCCGACGAGACGGACGCGUACAAAGCCGCCGAAGAGCGGCGCCGAGCGGUGGCCGCGGGGAACCCCACGUCGGCGUCGCGCGCGCGGCUGUCGUUCAUUGUGCGCCACUACGGCGUCAGCCUCUUGGGCACAGCGGGUUCGUGGCUGCUCUUUGACAUUGUCUUUUACGCGCAGAACCUGUUCUCGGCGAGCAUUCUGACGGUCGUCGGCGUCGACGACGCGUCGCUGCGGGAAGUCACGACGCAGAACGCGUUCGUCGCGCUCAUGGCGCUCCCGGGGUACUACGUGGCCGUGUACUUUAUCAACCGCAUUGGCCGGCGGGUGAUCCAGCUCCAGGGCUUUGUCGUCAUGACGGUGCUCUUCCUCGUGCUCGCCUUCUUCUGGCAAGCGAUCAAGAAGAGCGCCGUGCUCUUUAUCAUUCUCUACGGCCUCGCGCUCUUCUUUUCCAACUUUGGGCCCAACAUGUCGACGUUUGUCCUGCCGACUGAGAUGUUCCCCACGCCGAUCCGCUCGACGUGUCACGGCAUUUCGGCUGCGGCUGGCAAAGCCGGGGCCGCGAUCGGCUCGUUUGGGUUCUCGAUUUGGGUCGAGAACGAGAGCUUUGGCUACAGCGGCGCGUUCUACACGUUCGCUGCCAUUACGCUCGUGUCGAUUCCGCUCACGUACUUUUGCACGUUCGACAACGAACAGGGCUUUGAGGCGAUGGAUGCGGAUUUCUACCAGAAACUGCACGGCGCAGACUUAGUCACGCGCGAAUCGUUCAGCACAGUGGGCAAGGCGCACGACGUGGAGAAGGAGAGCGGGUACAAGGCCACGAGCUCUCCGCAGUGA